AUGAGCAGCAGUAGCGGGGACGAGUACGACCCGGCAGAGGUGGUUGUGCGCGCAGCCGUUGCAUCACCCUCCAUCGGCGACACCGUGGUGCCCUCAGCGGUGCCGUUCUUGAGGUCAGCAGCGGCGCCUUCCUUGGCGUCUCUUCCAAAGACGACGGCUUCAGUGCCCCCCUCUUCCUCCUCGCCGACCCCGCACAAUGCUGGAAACGACGUCGACGGUGGCUACCGCUUGCACAGCGACAUCAAGGGCCGCAUCCGCUGCCUCGCCCUCAAUACGGCUGGUACGACGCUGUGCGCCGGCAGCGAGGAUGGGCAGCUGUGCAUGUGGGACUUCACCGUUCCUCUCAAGUCGCAUCGCGUGCAGCCAACGCGGGUGCUGACGCCGUUUGUAAACCGUAUCUCGGGAUUGCAGCCCAUCAUCGCCUUGACAUGCGCGAGCGACGGCAGCUACUUUGUCGCCUGCCAGGAUGGGGACAGCCCGGUGCUGGUGCGAGCAUCUGGGGAGCAGCUGGGGUACUGUGCAAUCGGGGAGCGUGGUUUGAUGGACGUGAUCCAGUGCAAGGGCCAUCGCGCCCCCGUCACGUGCGUCGCCGCACACACCCACGACGCAGCUGCCUUCUUCACGGGCAGCCAAGACGGCACGGUGCGGCUGUGGAACAGCGCCACGUUCAAGCAGAGGAGCGUCUACGCGGUGAAGCACGGAUCGGGGCAGGUGACAGACACCCAUGUGGUGGAGAGCGUGGCCAGCCUGGACGGCUUUCACAACGGACUGGGGCGCGUUUUUGCCAGCGGAGGGCAGGAUGGCCGAGUGCAGAUAUGGGACAGCAGGGUCAAAUACCGUCCCGGCGGGGCCAUCGCCGCGGUGGACAUGUACGCGGCCACAACACCGGCAGGGCCUGGAAAGGCGACGGAGGACCCCUUCCUGGAGAAGCACGUGGGCGGCAUGAUGGAGCUACACCAGAAGGAUGCGGGCGCCUCGCGCGCUUCCGGCAGCUACGGGCUUGCCGUACGUCUGGGCAGCGCUGUCAGGAUAAUCGACCUCCGCCGGCUCUCACACAGCGAUGGUCCUACUGCGCCGACGGCAGUCCUAGAAGAAGCGGCUACCGGGCUUCCCCACGUGCUCGACACAACCGCUCUGUCGAUUGGACGCGGUGGUGGGUCUUCAACAAUGAUGACGUGCACAAGUCGUGCCGGCUACAGGCACACAAAGGGCGGCCACGUAGUGCAGUAUUGCUACGCGGAUGGCGACCGACUUGACCCGACGCUGGUCUGGCGGGCCGGCCAGCAGGACGAGGAUGUCCUCUGCGCAUGUGCGGAUACCAGUCGUGCUGACGGCUGUGUCUUCGCCGGCCUCAGCUCUGGUGAUGUGGUAGUGCACGGCGCCUUCUCGAGUGGUGCGGCCGCCCCGCAGCCCGUGGAAGCGUGGCUACAGACGCGCCCACAGAGAGAGGGAUACGAGCGUGUCGUCGGCGUGAAGGCGCCGCGUGCAGUUGAGGACGACGCCGAUCUGAUGCGCGACCUGUUCUAG